UUCAGCUAUUCCCCUGCACAUACAACAAGACAAAUGCAAACCUGGGGAAAAUAAGAGAGGAGAGAGAAGAAAAAGACUGUUUUGUGACUCAGUCCCACUUUUGUCUACCUCUUAACUUCUCUCUCUCCAAUGGCUUCUCUUCAUUGUAGUUCCCUAUUUUUCUAACAAUUUUGCAGCAAUGGAAGCAGAAAAUGAUGAUUACCAUAAGAAAGAAAGGGCCACUGCAGUCACAAUACUGGUCUUUGCUUCUCUAGCCAUUGCUUCUUUGUUUAUUGCAUUUAGCUACUAUUGCUAUAUCCGUAACAAACUCGCCAAGCGUCUCAACAACCCUUCUUAUACAGAGAAAGCUUUUGAGGAAAAGGGCAAUAGUUUUGCUAAUCUGAAAGUCACUGCGGAGAAGGGACUUCAAGUUUUCACCUUCAAGCAGCUGCAUUCAGCCACAGGUGGAUUUGGAAAAUCCAAUGUGAUUGGACAUGGUGCUUUCGGGUCAGUGUACAGAGGAGUGCUUCAAGAUGGGAGGAAGGUUGCAGUUAAGCUGAUGGACCAGGCUGGAAAGCAAGGGGAAGACGAAUUCAAGGUGGAGGUCGAGUUGCUAUGUCGCUUGCGCUCACCGUAUUUGCUGCCGUUGAUUGGCUAUUGUUCAGAAAGCAGCCAUAAAUUGCUCGUUUAUGAGUUCAUGGCAAAUGGUGGUUUGCAGGAGCACUUGUAUCCAAUCAAUGGUUCCAAUAAUUUUUGUCCAAAGUUGGACUGGAAGACCCGGUUGACAAUAGCUCUGGAGGCUGCUAAAGGUUUGGAAUAUCUCCAUGAGCAUGUCAAUCCCCCAAUUAUACACCGAGAUCUCAAAAGCAGCAAUAUUCUUUUGGACAAAAAUUUCCACGCCAAAGUUUCCGAUUUUGGAUUGGCCAAGCUUGGAUCUGAUAAAGCUGGCGGGCAUGUCUCUACCCGAGUUUUGGGAACGCAGGGAUAUGUUGCUCCAGAAUAUGCAUUAACAGGGCACUUGACCACCAAAUCAGAUGUUUACAGUUAUGGUGUUGUCCUCCUAGAGUUAUUGACCGGUAGAGUUCCAGUUGAUAUGAAGAGACCUCCUGGUGAAGGUGUUCUUGUUUCUUGGGCUUUGCCCCGUCUCACUGAUAGGGAAAAAGUUGUAGAGAUUAUGGAUCCAGCACUGGAGGGGCAGUAUUCAAUGAAAGAAGUUAUUCAGGUUGCUGCUAUUGCUGCAAUGUGUGUACAACCGGAGGCUGAUUAUAGGCCACUAAUGGCCGAUGUUGUGCAGUCGUUGGUUCCACUUGUGAAACAACAGCGACCAAUGGCUAAGGAUAGUAGCUGCUCUAGCUUCCAUGCUACACCAUCUCCCAAGGCUUAGACUUUUUUCAAGCAAGACGAGCAUAUCGUGAUCCUUGGUUCUGUGGCCAAAUCUUGAUCCUUAGUUGUACACCAACUUUUAUAACUAAUGGUCGCUUAGUUUGUUUAUGGACUAUGUAGCUUAUGGAUAUUUUUUUUUGAGUAACUUUAAUCUAACAACGUUUGAUGGAGCGAGCCAGUUGUAGUCAUUUCUCACAGUAAAUCAGGGAGAAGAACUAUCAGUAGUAUAUCAGAGAACUUGUUUCUGUUUAAUAUCUUAGAGAGCUCAUCAAAUGUUGGGAUGUAUCUUUCCUAUAUAGAGGUGUAAUCUUUGCCUGGGGA